GCCGUGUCCCCUCCGCCGGGACGCGCCGCUGCCGCUCGGGAAGAGGCGGGUCUUGCGCGCCCUGCGCUCGCUAUGGCGGCCCGGGCGGCUAAGUGAGCGGCUCCGCGGACCCCGAGCGGGGCCCCAGCCGCGCCCUGAGCCGCCGCCGGGCGCCCGGGGCCAUGCGGCCGACUCGGCUGUGGUCGCUGCUGCUGCUGCUGCUGCUCGGAGCCUGCGCCGCGGCCGACGCCCUCCAGCCAGACUCUCUUUCCCAGCUGCCCGCUCCUCAGCACCCGAGGAUUCGCCUGUACAACGAAGAACAGGUCCUGAGUUGGGAGCCAGUGACCCUGAGCAAUGGCACGAGGCCUGUGGUCUACCGGGUGCAGUUUAAAUACAGCGGUGAUGAAUGGCUGACGGUGGACACGUCCAUAGGGGUGAAUUGUACACAGAUCACAGCGACAGAGUGUGACUUCACUGCGGCCAGCCCCUCAGCGGGCUUCCCAAUGGAUUUCAAUGUCACUCUACGCCUUCGAGCUGAGCUGGGAGCACUCCAUUCUGCCUGGGUGACAAUGCCUUGGUUUCAACACUAUCGGAAUGUGACUGUCGGGCCUCCAAAAAACAUCGAGGUGACCCCAGGAGAAGGCUCCCUCAUCAUCAGGUUCUCCUCUCCCUUUGACAUCCCUCAUACCUCCACGGCCUAUUUUUGGUACUAUGUCUAUUACUGGGAAGAAGCUGGAGUCCAACAGGUCAAAGGCCCUUUCAGAAGCAACUCCAUUUCGUUGGAUAACUUGAAACCCUUCAGAGUGUACUGUUUACAAGUCCAGGCACAGCUGCUUUGGAACAAAAGUAACGUAAAUGGGCACCUAAGCAACACAUCUUGCUACAAAAUCAUGGCAGAUGCCUCCACCAAGCUUCAGCAAGUCAUCCUGAUCUCUGUGGGAACAUUUUCAUUGAUGUCGGUGCUGGCAGGGGCCUGUUUCUUCCUGGUCCUGAAAUACAGAGCCCUGAUUAAACAUUGGUUUCAUACUCCGCCAAGCAUCCCGUCACAGAUAGAAGAGUAUUUAAAGGACCCUGCUCAGCCCAUCUUAGAUGCCUUGGACAAGGACAGCUCACCAAAGGAUGACGUCUGGGACUCUGUGUCCAUCAUUUCAUUUCCAGAAAAGGGGCAAGAAGAUGUUCUCCAAACACAUUGAACCAACGCAUGGGUCUAGCCCACCAGCCCCCUGGAAGAGGCCAUCAAGCCAACAGAGCUGCUGGAGUUCUGUCUGGACUUUACAGAGACCAGUAUUCCCUUUUCCUGCCUCUAAAAGGCAUGUCCCUGCCUUGUGAGAGACAGUGGGUCUCGGGGAGUGACAAGCUUUUCUUUUUUCUUGAAGAAUUUUCAAAAUCAUACAAGUUUCCGGAAUGAUUCUACGGAGAUAUCCCAGGAAAAUUAAGGCUUCUCUUAAACACUAAAAAGGCAUGUAAUUGCUUGUUAGCAAAAUGGAUAUGACACAUCUCUGAUACAUUUUUUAUUGGUUGGGCUGAGCGGUGAGAAGACCUGUCUUCAUCUUCUCAACUUUGGCAAAUGAGCCAGAGCCCCUUGGGCAGGUCACACAACCUGUCCCAGCCUGUCCCAGAGAGUGACCUGAAUGGCCCUUCACAUUCAGUGUGCUGGCUUCAAAUGUAAUUAAUCCUGUAAAUAUAUUCCUAGUAACUUAAGAUUUUUUUUUUUUUUUUUU